AUGACUCGACGGUGUCCACGCACUCCGAUUCCGCGGCACCCCCGGCCCCCGCACGAGAAACGGGAUAUUCGCGUCUUGGUCAAUGGCGCAGGAUUUGCGGGGCGGCAGGCGGUGCUCGAGCAUGUGGCAGCCGUUGUCGGUGGUGUGGAAGAGUGGCGUAUAUAUACGAGUACAACCAAACCUAUCCUAUCAUAUACAAUCGCAGAUACCCGUACAAAACGCCCCCUCUUCCCUCCACCUUCCACCCCGAUUCCAGAAUCCCAGGCAAACCCGCUCAGCGACAUGUAUUCCCGCUCUUGA